CGUACAAAGCGCAACGUUCAGCGGCAUAUCGCAUAUAGUAUCGUAUCGGUUCAAAAUCGGAACGGCUUUGUCUUUGUCUGCGUGUAACCCAAAAGAUCGAGCGUGCAAAUAAAGCGACGAAAACGAGUUUCGCGAAGAGCAGUGCCAAGCGGCCAUAUUCCAUAUCGAAUAACCGACCAAUAAAGUGUUACUUGGCUAAAUCCAACUAGCUCCGUUGCAGCGACGUGGUGGCCUAUAUUCAAAAUAGAUCAGAGAUCGACGGCAGCUGCAUCAAAAGGCUGGAGGAGAUGCGGCGGCGCUGAGGAGAUCGCCAUGUGAGAAGAGCAAAACUAGUUUCCCAUUUGCGCGCUUAUGCUAAGUAAUAAUAAUAAAUAAGCGCAGUCUCUUGUUUGCCGUUCGAGAAGUGACCUAAAAAUACUGGUUUCGAGUGCGGUUCGGCUUUGAACGUGAGAACGUGCAGCACAGCUACCACCAAUGGCCACAACCGCCGGAUCAGCAGCCGUGGUGGUGAAGCGGCCCGGACCACCGGUUCCGCCCAGGCCAAAGGCAGCGGCCCAUGUGGCCAACGGAGGCCCGCCGCCGAUCAUCCAGAAGAAGCCCACCUUCGUCAGCCAGCUGAGCGCGGUGGGUCGCACUCUGGUCUACAAGUCGCCCACGGUCAGUCCGCCCAAGAAACAGGCCCAGACCCAGACACCCACCACGGCGGUGCCAACUCCGCCGGUCAAGCCCCUCAAGCUACGCAAAGCCCCCGAUGUGCCAACGGCCAAGCCCCGGGAGGCCGUCACUUCAGUGGUGACGGUCAAUCGUCACAACUCGAUAAGCGUGAUCGGGGGAUCCCCGCAGACCACGCCCCGCAAGGACACUCGUUUGAGCCUGGGAAAGGUGGACUUCGAGCGGGCAGGUCUCCAGCCGGCCAGUCAGCCUCUUCCCAGACCCCGGAAAAUAGUCCAACUACCGGUGGCCACUCUGGAUGUGGAAGAUAUACCAGUAGCAACCACCAACCCAUCCACUGGACUCUUUAGAAGGUCAAAGACCACUCUAGAUGGCUGCCAGAAGGAAUCGGGACCAACCCCGCAUAAUGGAGGAGGAUUUCUGGGUGGAAGAACUGUGGAGAUCAAGAACAACCUGAAGAACGCAGCCGAGCGUUUAUUUUCGGAGAUCAUCAUUAAUCAGAGCCAGAAACAGGCCGCCGCCGACACCACCAUUAUAACCAAGCAUGAGGCCUUGAAACAGGAGUCGGAUGUCCUGAUUCAGUCCACCGGAAAUUGCAUGCGGAUCAACAUUAAUGGAGGCCAGACCAGCACCAUUAAGAGUUCGAUUAGUGUGGGCAAUACCCCGCAGAAGAAGCAGGCCUUCCACGAGAUGCUCAUCUCGGAACUGGCUGCCAUGAGGAACAAGUCCUGUUCCAUGGAGCAACUGCCCACCAAAUCCCUGUCGCCUCCAACCGCAUCCACACCCAAAAAUGUUAUAUCACGUAGGCGGUAUAACUCCAUCGAUGAUGCUGACACCGAAGAUGUGGAUGCGGAUAAUGUGGAGGAUGCAGAUGGCGAUGUCGAUGAGGAGGAUACACUUACCUUUGCUGUUAACAAGUCCUUGAAGGAUAACAAUGGCAAGGAGAGCUCUUCCUCGAGGAAGCGCUGCCCCUCGGGCUGCUCCACGGAUUCCUCGCCCUACGGAACCGAGAGAUCCCAACGCAUCCGCACCUCCGAUUGGAUCGAGGUGGGCGAUAAUGGCACCGCAGUAACCCUAACCAGUUGCCACAUCAGCCUUGAGGAUUCUGGCAUGGAGGAUGAGGAGCGACUGGACGACAUGUCCUCUGGAGUUGGCGACAGCUGGGAUAGCGUCAAGGAAGCGGAGACCGAGAAGAGAUCUCGCAACGGAAAACGUGGAAGUUCGGUUUGCGAGUUGCCACCGCUGCCAAAAUCGCUGAUUGGCUUUAAUAAGCUACUGUGCUCCGAUUCCGGACUCCUCAGCGAUGUGGAGGGAAAUAACAACAGCAACAGCGAGAUCAGCCAAAAACCAAAUGACACUUUUACCGGAGAGAUCCAGGAUAGCAAUGAGAAUGCCAUCGAUAAGUCAGUGCCCUCCUCGCCGAACGGAAAUACAACAAUGCCAGCAAUAGUAGCGAAAUCCGAGGCGAAAUCCCCCAGUUUAUCCGCCAAAGGAAACCCCCAAGCAGUCGAAGCAGGCAGCACUCUGGAUGCACAAAUUGCGACGCUGCGGAAGGAAAUGCACGGACUGCGUCAAUUAGAUCUCUCGUUGCUGUCACAACUGUGGGUGCUUAACGAAUCCAUCCAAGAGUUCCGCGCCCUGAUCGAGGACCAGGAGAACGAGGAUGAGGACGAGGAGGUGGAGGCGGACAACGGCAACGAAGUGGACGAGGAGGGCAACAGUCGGAUGUCCUCGUCCGUCGAAUCGGUGAGAUUCGAGGGAGGUGCGGACCCGCGGGCCAAGCAUCUGGGCACCAUACCAAAGGUCAUAACGACGCAGCCGAAGUUGCCGCGGGACUCGCUGGCCACUAAAGAUCAGAAGCCGGUGCCCAGGAUGCGCAGUGCCCCGCCACCGCCACCUCCUGCAGUACUUCAGUCCCAAUCCCAAUCCCAAUCCAUGGAGCGGAAGCCACCGGCACCGUCACGGCCCACAUGAUGUUACCUCUCGGACUUCCUCGCCGGAGUCAGGAUGGUCAUGUGCAAGGCGAUCGUGAGCGAUGUGCAAGCCUCCGCCACAGCCUCGUCCUCGUCCUUUGGGAAGGCGGAAGGACCCACCUUUGGCAUGGGCGUGGCCAGUUUGUCGGACCAGAAGAGCUGUUUGGGCAAUCAGAGCGGCCUGCUCCAAGCAUAGUUUUAGUUGAUAUAACCGAUAAAUAAGGUGUACGAGCGAUUUACGAGCGAACUGAUCUAAAUUUGCGGGUGAACUAGCAGCAGUUCUCGAAAUGCCCUGAAAAAAUCCCGAUGCGAAGCCUAAAUUAUCUGCUGCUUACCUCAAUUAUAGGAAGACCCAACAUAAUGUAAUUGGUAGAAUUCGUAAGACCAACCUGUAUGGUUAGGAGUCCUUUGUGAUCUUCAGUUGUAAGUUUAUUGUACAUUUUUCCCCUUGUGGUUUGGGCUUGAUGGGUUUACCGAUAACUUUUGUUUUUGUUUAAUAGCCUUACUCGAUAAGCUUAGCUGUCAAAUUAUGUCCUGGAUCGCACUUGAUCCUGUGGUUAUGUUACACCAUGCAUUUGACCAGUAACAUUUGUACAUAGCAAUUUUCCUGGCUAGCUGCUGAACAUUUUAUAAACCUAACGAAGAGCAUAAUAAAUAAAAAAAUUUUAAAAUAA